UAAACUUUAGACCACUUCUUCCUGAUCUCCAAAACAGGAGGUAAUCGUCAAGGCGGACAUACUGACCUUAAUUCACCCUUUUUUGCUAAACUUUAUUUAAAAAAAGUAGUUGUAUCGGACAUUAUCACCACAAAUAUGACUUUGGAUCUGCCAGUUCUCCUCGCAGCAGUGUCGAUACUGUCUGCUGUCCAUCUGACAUUUCAGGCAAGACGUGUGGGGUGGUCAAGGAUGAAACAUAAAAUUAUGCCACCCACUGUUACUGGUCCACCUGAGUUUGAAAGGACAUUUCGUGCACACCAGAAUAGUGUAGAGUCAUAUUCCAUUUUCUUGGUGGUAUUGUGGAUCUCUGGCAUCUUUUUCAAUGAAGUGCUUGCUGCUUUUGGAGGACUUUUGUAUAUUGUGGGCAGAGAGAUGUACUUUACCGGCUAUAUUCAUGAAAGCAAGAAGAGGUUGCCAGGGUUUUACUUGGUGUUGUGUGCCCUGUUAUUCCUAACUGUGAUGGCUACCGUUGGAAUUAUUCAAUCAUUUUUGGACAAAUAUCUCAACAUCAGACUUCUCUGAAUAAUUUCAUUCAAAUUUUCAAAAUGGUUUUCAUCAAUUUAAUAAACAAAAGGCAUGUAAAAUGUAUACUUUAUGCAUGUUUCAGAUAAACUUGAUGUGUUUAUGUUUUAUGUGUCAGUUUAUUCUAAUUCUAAGAUUUAUAUUACAGCAUCAAGUUAUAAACUCUAAAUUACUAAAUUACUGCUAUUCACUUGUAGAAAGCAUGAUCUUAAGUGGAUGACAUUUGGACGGAAUUGGAAAGCUAAUAUAUUUUUGUAAGUACAGUACUUACCAAAAUCGAGUUUGGUUUUGAGAACUAGUGUGUCAAAACUGACAGAUUUGUCCUGAUUCAGAUCUUCAAGGAGAAAUGGGUCUUCUUAUAAAUGCAGAUUGUCUUGAGAAACAUUAAAGGUUUAUUGUUUGUCACCCUGUCACUUGCAUUCCUGUUAAGAGUAUUUUUAAACAUGUUAGAACAUAGAAGUUGAAUUUAAAAGGAAUGAAUAAACCAAUAAAGCUUUAAAAUAUUUUUA